UGAACCAAUUAAAUAAUCGCAAACAUUACCGCAUUAGUUUAGCUAGCGACAUUUUUUGAAUGUUUAUAUGACUGUUUAUAUGCAUUGGUAGCAGAUUAUAAACAAAAAUGAGCGACGAAGCUGUCUUUGAAACAAUUGAAGAGGUCAAUAAGCAUAUCUCACACGUCGAAGAGUCAACCUGUGUGAAAUAUAUUUCUUACCGUGUGGACAAGCGAUUCAAUGACCAAGGUUGGAAACCACAGGACCACAAGAACCGGUUAUACUGGGAAUGGAACUACGGCAAGGGUACUCCCUCUAUCCCCUUUGACAGCGUACCCUUCAUGUUCAUCGGACACAAACUGAUGGGAUGCCACAGGGGCCGGGCAAAGUGUGGAUUCAAGAAGAGGCAGGAACUUGAGGAUCAAAGGGAAAAGGAUGGCAAGGAAAAAAGAAACCUGUUGCUGAAAACCAAGAAGGUAGCAUGCCCUGCUGUGUUCACAAUCAGCCGCAUUGUCAAGUUCCCUGGAUUCAAGUUGGAGAAGGACACAUCACGGUUGAGGAGGGUCAUGUCUAUUUCCAUCAAACAAGCUCUCCAGACAGACCCAGCCUCGGUGCAGUGGAAGAUACAGUAUUUCCUCAAAAUACCCAGUGUCACUGACCACAAGGGCCAUCCUAUUGGAAAGGGUGCAGAUCAGAUGGACGACAGGGUCAAAGGUUACAUCCGAGCGUUGGUGCAGCAGGGGGUGAGGAAGGUGAAGGAGGUAAAGAACCAGAUGGUCCAGUACGUGCGGACGGAACUGUUCCGAGACACGACCCCGCCACCGCUGAGGCGCUUCUUCCCCACAGAGAAAACCAUCCAUGCCGUCAUGGCUCAGGUCAUCGCGGAGGAACACUACAGCAAAAUAGACCUGGUCAACCUGCUGACCUUGGCAGAGAAUUGGAAGGCGGAAGCUCCUAGAAUCAACUUCCUGCUUAGGGUUCAAUCAGAGAGCGAGAACCUGUUGCUCUGCUACCAGACAGACUGGCAGCGGCAGCUGCUUCGGCAGUAUGGCAAAGAGGUGUGCUUCCUGGACGCGGCCUAUAAGAGGACGCGCUUCCCCCUGCCACUCUUCUUCCUGUGCGUGCGCACCAAUGUGAGCGUGGCGCCGGUGGGCCUGUUUGUGGUGCAGUCGAGGAGCGCCGAAGCCUUGGGGGAGGCGCUGGGGGUGUUCAGGCAGUGGAACCGGGGCUGGAGCCCAGCCUACAUCCUCACUGAACACUGCCCUGUGGAGAUGAAGGCGGUGGAGGCAGCAUUCACAGGUGCUCAGGCAGUCUUCAGUGAUCACCUGCGGGAGAGGACCUGGACCAAGUGGCUAAGCAACCGGUCGCGAGCCAUCACCAACCAGGAGGGGAUCUUUGAUAUGAUGAAGGCCAUCGCUGGAGCCCUUACCAGAGAGCAACACCAGGGGGCAGUAGAACUACUACAGCAGAGCCCCAUCUGGUUGGAAAAGAGACAACUUUUCAAGAACUGGUUCACUAACAAGUGGCUGUCAGAGGAGAAGAGAUGGGCGAACGCCGUGAGGGUUGAUAUUGUCAACUUUGUGUCUAUGGUGAACGGAGGUCUGGAGAUGCAGAGCGACUUUUUCACACAUAAUAACAUGAAGGUCCAUAAAAAAGACACCCUGAGCCAAAUGCUGCAGUUCCUUGUUGACGACUACUUCCCACAGAUGCACCAAAGGUACACAGACCUCAACAGCCAGUCCUCUGGCGAGUACAGCCUCAACCCCACUGUGCCUCCGUUCCUGUGGCAUCGCCCUUGGAGUGUGGUGGCCCUGGUGAUGGAUAACAUGUCUGCGGCCCUGCAAUACCCCGACAUCGUGGUGGAGCAGGCCAGCGACGCCGCCAACGGCACCUUCCGGGUGAAGAGUCUGGCAGAGACCAGGGCAGCGCGGUCCUACACGGUCAGCUUCGGUUCAGAGUCCACCUGGCCCUCCUGUGAGUGUGAGGUGUGGAGGGACCAGCGCCUGCCCUGUGAACACUUCUGUCACGUUUUCAGGUCUGAGCCUAACUGGACCUGGGAGCACCUGUGUCCCAAAUACAGGGACCACCCUUUGCUCACACUGCAUUCACAGACCUCUCACACCACAACAGAGGAGAUGGAGGAAGCCCUCAAUGGUCUAAUGCAUCUCUCCCCAGCUUCCCCAGUCUCUCUUCAGUGGGAUGGGCCUGAAGAAACAGUGCCACUGGUGCAAACUCCUCAAACUCCACAGUUACAACUGCAUAGCAUACAAACACAGUGGGUGGCCCCACAGGCUUCACAGGGUCUGCGGGAGAGGGAGGAACUGAGGAGGGAGUGUGUGGCCAAACUCAAAUCCAUCAUGGAGAAUGUGAGCGGGAUCAACGACAUUGACCACCUACAGGAGCUCAGGCAGAAACUGGACGUUCUCCAGGCUCAGAGUGAGGCCAUGGUGAUUCAGAAGGACGCUAGCGUCAAAACAGUUUCCACCUCCAAGGGGAAGAGAAAAAGGGCAGGGGUGGAGAUUAUCGUGGCCAUGCCCAAACGCAUCAAAGUACUCUCCCGGGUUGAUGUAGAAAAUGUUCAGAAAUAGCUUUUUUCUAAAGAGGGAAAAUAAAGAAUGUUCAGUAUUAAAAGGCAACUCUGCCACUUUUAAUUUGUGGGUUGUUUUUAUGUAGUAUUUAGUGUUGUCCUACACAAUUUGUAUACUACUUUGUAUUUGAUGUCUAUUGCCUUUUUGUGAUGAGCAAAACUGGAAAUUGCUUGUCUGAUGCCUAAGUAAGAUCGCUGAGAUGACUAAUAAAAUAAAUAGUCAUUUUCAUUUGUCUAUAUAACCCGUAUGUAGUUUCUGACCAUAUGUGAACUCCCUGCUAUAUGUAACUCUGGUUGUCUUCAUCUAACAAAGGUCUCUUUGUUAGGAUGUGGUGACAUUGUAUCCAGUUCUGGGUCAGCUUGAUUUAAGGCACUGCGCAGGUUCACAAAUCUUUCCAUAACAAAUUAAUAAAUCAGUUAUUGCACAGUG